AUGUCUGAUCAGUGUAAGCUACUAGGUCCAUUCUCCUUGUUUGUACAAGCGAUCCUAGGGCUUCUGUCACUGAGUUCCCUUCUUUUUAAAAGAUACCAAGAGUAUCCCCACCAGAGACCAUGGCUGAUCUGGUUUUUCGACGUGUCUAAGCAAGUGUUCGGCAGUUUGGGAAUACAUAUAUUGAAUGUCAUCGCAAGCAUAAUAUUUGGUGGUGAUGACUUCGACAUUGAUGACGAAGACGAAAACCCUUGUGAUUAUUACUUCCUCAAUAUUCUGUUUGAUACCACGGUGGGCAUUCCCAUUCUCUGGUUAUUCUUAUGGAUGAUUUAUAAUGGGUGUUCAAGACUGGGCAUAGAAGGCAUAGUAUCUGGUCAGUAUGGUAAUCCCCCCAAGUUGAGCUAUUACUUCAAACAGCUGGCUCUCUACAUAUUAGGCCUGUUCCUCACAAAAAGUACAAUCUACCUUCUAUUAUUAUCCAAUGAUUGGUUUUAUUUAAUGGCUGAUUGGAUCCUGAGCUGGACUGAAGGUCAUCCAAGGUUGCAGCUCUUCAUUGUGUUAAUGAUUUUCCCACUAAUUAUGAACGCUAUUCAAUAUUACAUUGUCGAUAAUAUUCUGAAAAGUCCCGAGUAUUCAGAUGGCGAAGACACUGCCGAAGGCCAUGUGUCACCAAACGGCCUGCUUAAUCAAGGAAAACUGGUAGAAAACUAUAACUCCAUAAAUGGUGCAUAA